GUGGUCAAGAUGCAGUCUGAUUUCAGAAAGGUUUAAAAUUCAGCAUGUGAUGUCAUCUGAUCUCAGGUGAGUUUAUAUAUUCUGUACAUGCUGCUGUCUGAUCUCAGAUGAGUUACAUUCAGCCUCCAUGCUGAAGGCGCAUGAGGAGGGUAUCAGCACAGCCAAGCCUGCAUCCGAUGCGUUUUUCAUGUGGACAUGGGUGGAAAUUAGGCCUCCGCUUGCUGUCUGCGCUGGUUUAUCUGCAUUUUCCCACCAGGUCAUUACAGCCCGACAGGAAUAUAAUGGAACUAAGUCAUUUUCUCUAUCAGAGGAUAGUGAGAAGAUCAUGUGUCAGCGAGCUCUACCAGCACUAGCCUGAUGAUGAGGAUGAUGGGAAGCUAUCUGCUAACUCGAGGAUGCUUUACUGCAAAUAAACCUCCAACUCAUCCAUGCUCUCGAUUUUACCUCAUUUAACGGAACGCCGCUCAUUUUUACCGACCAAUUUGCAGUCAUUUUAGCCUUGAAGAGGAUAUUUUAUAAAGACUUGGCGAUAUUUUGACUUAGCUUCGCUAGCUAAGCAGCUGUUUGCUUGACUGUCAGUGGAUAUUUUAAGCAAACGGGGGGAUUUACAGCAAAAUAACACACAAAUCAGGCCGGUAAAGAAUGUAAAUGAGACAUCUGGAAUCCUGAGGGAAUGAAUUCACAGACCAGAUUAAACGACACAUCUUAUCAAAUGAAAUGAACGGUCCGUAAAUAAACGCUUGUGUAUCUAUUUGUUUAGAUGCAAAGGUGGCCGCUGCCCGACAAACAUUUUCCUGAAAGCCUAUUCGGCGACCAAAAAAUUAAAUUUAACUACGUAAAAUAAAACAGAGAAAACUAAACUUAAAUCCAACAUCACUGAAAUGGCUGAAGAGGCGUUUCCUUUACAUUAUCUGGUGUGGAACAAUCAAUAUCAAGAACUGGACCGAGAGCUUCAGAAAAAGCAGCAUGACAUGGAGUGGCUGGAUCCGCGCGGGCGCACGCCGCUCGAGCUGUCAGUGUGUCUCGGGCACCUGGAGUCCACGCGCGUCUUACUGAGACACAACGCUGAUCCCACACACAACAACACACAGGGAUGGACAGUUUUGCAGGAAGCAGUGAGCACUGGAGACCCUGAGCUGGUGCAGCUGGUCCUUCAGUACAGAGACUUCAGAAGAGCCACAGAGAGACUGGCUGGUAUUCCUGAGCUACUGAGCAAACUCAGACAGGCACGUGAUUUCUAUGUGGAGAUGAAAUGGGAAUUUACUAGCUGGGUUCCUCUAGUGUCAAAAGUUUGUCCAAGCGAUGUGUAUCGUGUAUGGAAAAGCGGUUCAUGUUUGCGGGUCGACACCACUUUAUUGGGCUUUGAGCACAUGACCUGGCUUAAGGGCCGACGCAGCUACAUCUUUAAAGGUGGAGAGAGUGGGGCAAUGGUGAUGGAGGUGGACCACGAGAAGCAGGUAGUGUAUACAGAACCACUGUCUCUGUCUCCACGCGACACUCCCUCGCUGCUCGCCGCCAUGCUGCCCUCACAGGAGAACACGGCCCAGAGACUCACCUCUCCUAUAGUGUCCACUCAUCUCAACACACGCAACAUUGCCUUUGAGAGAAAUAAAUCUGGGAUUUGGGGAUGGCGCUCAGAGAAGACUGAAGUUGUGAGUGGAUAUGAAGCAAAGGUUUACAGUGCCAUUAAUGUGGAAUUAGUGACACGUUCUCGAACUGAACACCUUUCUGAUCAGGACAAGUCUAGGAGUAAAGCCUCCUCUGCGCUUUCAGGAUCUAGAACUCCUCUACAGUCGUUCCUUGGUAUUGCUGAGCAGCAUAUCUCUAGUACUGGGAGUCAGGUUUCUCAGUGCGCUAGUCCCCAUAAUCCAACAGCUAUCACAGCGGAGGAGUACUUCGAUGCAGAGUUUAAUCUGAAUGGCAGAGAUAUUGGGCGGCCCAUUGAGCUUACCAGCAAAGUGCAGAGGUUUAAAGCCACUCUCUGGUUAAGUGAAGCUCAUCCUCUCUCACUGGCUGAGCAGGUGACACCCAUCAUUGACCUCAUGGCCAUAUCUAACGCCCACUUUGCCAAGCUGCGUGAUUUCAUCACCCUACGCCUACCACCUGGCUUUCCUGUAAAGAUAGAAAUUCCUCUCUUCCACGUGUUGAAUGCUCGAGUGACAUUCAGCAAUCUUUGUGGCUGUGAUGAGCCGGUCAGUUCUGUUACUGUACUAUCUCCACAAGAAGCCACAGAGGCUGGUCAGACACCUCCUCCUCUGCAGUGUGAAAUAGACCCAUCUGUGUUUGAGCCUCCCCCAGAAUACACCACGCUUGGACCAGGCCGCAGUGAACCGAUGAGAGAUGAGGAUGAUAAUUUACUCCAGUUCGCCAUACAGCAGAGCCUGCUGGACGCGGGAACAGAAAGUGACCAGGUGACCAUAUGGGAGGCUCUCACUAACACUCGUCCAGUUUCUCAGCCUCCGCUUUAUGAGGAGGACUCUCAGCUUGAGAGGGCAAUUCAGGAAUCUCUGUCUUUGUCACUGGCUGGAGGGGAGAGUGGAGAGUCAGAUCCUGGACUGCCGUUAUCCCCAUCUGAUCCCGCCCUCAACUCACCUCCAUGUUACAGCUCACUGGCCGAGCCUCGGGUACCGGGAGCGUUUGCUGUGGCUACCAGUUUUGAUGAACAGCUACGCAUCGCAAUGGAACUUUCAUGCAGAGAACAAGAGGAGUUAGAUAGGAAGAGGAGGGAAGAGGAGGAAGAGCUGGAGAGGAUACUACAGCUGUCUCUCACAGAGAAGUAACUGUAGCAAUGCUAGAUGUGGGUUUAAAGGAGUAAUUUAUUGGUUGUGUUUUUUUCUGCAAUGUUAAAUUAUUCUUCUUAUAGAUUCAUCACUCUUUAUUUCUUUUCCAAAAUAAUAAAGAUGGGAUAGCAAGAGGAAAUGGAGAGAGUGUGUGUGCCAAGACUGAAACAAUUUAUAAGAGAUGAUAAAACAAAGAACACGGCAUGAAAAUGUGAAUGAUAUCCUCUCAGUUCCGCUGUCUUUUGAGUGAUAAAAGGUCAACUUCAACUUCAUUGUAUAAUGAUACAGAUGAAAAUGUGAAUAUAAAUUAUGAAUAUUGAUGACUAUGAUAAUGCAUAAAGGUAAAGUACUAAAAAUACUAUUGCAUACAAUAAUGAGUUUACGUAUGGUGGAUGAUAAUAACAUGAAAGUAUAAGUAUUAAAUGUUGCUCAAACACUUUCACAACAA